AUGCAUAAGAGCAUACUUUUGGUCUUUAUUCAUGGCUUUAAGGGUGGCGAUGACACCUUCGCCCAUUUUCCAGAGCAUCUUCGGGUUUUAGUCAGCAAGGCACUCCCUGCAGUCACGGUCGCAACGGCUGUGUACCCCAAGUAUGAGACCAAAGGCGAUCUGAAAGAAUGCGUGGGAAGGUUCCGAGAAUGGCUGCAGAACACCGUGAUUGAUCUGGAGGUUGCAAACCAUACUGCGUCACCUACUGUUGACCCAUCGGUCCACGUUUUCCUGGUUGGGCAUUCCAUGGGUGGCAUCGUUGCAGCGGAGACACUACUAUUGCUAGCAGCUGAGCAGCCCAUUUAUCACAACUCAACAUCAGAUGCACAGUUGGCACCUGAACCAGAUGACCAGCCUCCUGUUGUGGAACCUGGUACAUUCAUGUUCCCUCACAUCCAAGGAGUCCUCGCUUUUGAUACUCCAUACCUAGGUAUUGCUCCAGGUGUAGUAUCCUACGGGGCAGAGGGUCAUUUUCGCAAUGCUACUACUGCCUACAAUACAUUUUCCGAAGUUGCUGGGCUCUUCGGAUAUGGUGGAAAGAACGACACAGCAACAGGAGCAGAUGCAGCUACCGCAAAGGAACCCCCCCAGGCCCUACCAGCAUCGACUGAUGCCGCUGCAACUCCAUCUUGGCAGCGAUGGGGUCGGUAUGCCAUGUUUGCCGGAGCCGCAGGGGCGGUCGCUGCGGGGGGUGCGGCUGCUUUAUACACCAACCGACAGAACUUGUCCGCAGGUUUCAACUGGGUAUCGUCUCAUCUUGAGUUUGUGGGAUGCCUAGCAAGAACCUCGGAACUGCGUCAGCGUAUUGCAGGCUUGGCCACUGUGCAGGGCGAACGAGGCAUCAAGUGUGUCAACUUCUAUACGUGUCUCGGCAAAGGCGCGUCGUCUCUCGUCCAAACCCCGGAACCAGGCAAGAAAUUUUUCAGUGAAAGAAUUAUUCGCUCAAAUUUCCGCACGUUUUGUACCCUUCCACCUGAGGUUGAGAAUGGCCAACAAAGUCCUACCCCAGGGCUUCGGUGGGUCAAGACCAUCAAUGAUCAAGCCCCAGACGAAACUCAAGCCCAUGUCAGCAUGUUCAUAUCUAAGAACAACCCGGCUUACUUUGACCUGCUCAGCGAGGCUGGCAAGACCUUGGUGGCCUCGAUUGACGUGGGCUGGUAUAACAGCUCCACCACACCGGCCGAACAGAACAAUCCCACAGAGCAAGAAAAUCCCGAAGGUGACGAUGACUUCAUGGACGCCGAUGACGUUGUCGUUGUGGAAUGA